UAUUAUGCAUGUACUAUCUCUACAAAGGAAAGAUGAGGGCUUGUGCAUUGGCUUUUCUCUUCAUAUCCUCUUUGUUGUGUGUCUUUGCACAACAACGUUGUGGCAGAGACUUUGGUGGAGCUCUAUGCUCAGGCGGCCUUUGUUGCAGCCAAUUUGGCUUCUGUGGUACCACGCCUGAGUACUGCACCACUGGCUGCCAGAGCCAAUGCACGGGUUCCACUCCUUCUCCAUCCACUCCAUCUGGUGGCGGGACCGGCGUCGGCUCCCUCAUCAGUCAAUCUCUCUUUGAUCAGAUUCUGAAGCACCGUUCAGAUUCAGCAUGCCGCGGCAGCUUCUACACUUACAAUGCUUUCAUAACUGCUGCGAAUUCCUUCAAUGGAUUUGCUACUGUAGGCGACACGAACACCCGUAAGAGGGAGCUUGCAGCGUUCUUGGCUCAAACCUCACAUGAAACUACUGGCGGAUGGGCAAGCGCACCGGACGGCCCAUAUGCUUGGGGAUAUUGUUUUAUUCAGGAACAGGGCAAUCCAGGAGACUAUUGUACUCCAAACGCGCAAUGGCCAUGCGCUCCGGGUAAAAAAUACUACGGCCGAGGACCCAUCCAACUCUCACACAACUACAACUACGGGCCAGCAGGGAGAGCCAUAGGGGUCGACCUCCUCAACAACCCUGAUCUCGUUGCUACUGAUCCAGUUAUCUCAUUCAAGACCGCUCUAUGGUUUUGGAUGACCCCACAAUCACCCAAACCAUCAUCCCACAGUGUCAUCACCGGUGGAUGGUCACCAUCCGCUGCCGAUAGGGCUGCCGGUCGGCUUCCUGGCUUUGGUGUCAUCACCAACAUCAUCAAUGGCGGUAUUGAGUGUGGCAAAGGACAGAAUGACAGAGUAGCUAACCGUAUCGGAUUCUACAGGAGGUACUGCGAUAUCCUGGGCGUGAGUUAUGGGGACAACCUCGACUGCUAUAAUCAAAGGCCAUUUGCUUAGGCUCUUGUUUCCCACUGAAAUAAUCUCUAGCACCGUUUGGCUAGUUUAUCAAAUACAAUAAUUGCCCCUGGCUAGUUUCUUUUGA